UCAUGUAGUUCCUAAGUGCGGACGUUGUCACGUGUGUUUUGAAAAGUUGAUACGAAAGAAGCAGGAACGUUUAUCCUCACGUGCGGUUUUCACGCUAAUUUUUAUUUAUACGUGUUCAGAUAUUAUUUUCUACUUGCAGCUACUCGUUAUACCAGUUAAACCGCGUUAGUUUCACUGAGCGUAAGGGUCCUAUUUAAGCGUGAAGGUUUUAACCUAUUUCGGUUGAUUUUACCGGAGUGCCAUUAGUUUGUCCCGCAUGUUGGCUGGCUGAGAGGAGUUAAGUGUAAAGAACACACGAACAAAACCGCACCAACGAUGGUAUUCUUCACCUGCAACGCAUGUGGCGAAUCCCUGAAAAAAGCCCAGGUCGAUAAACAUGUAAUGAAAUGCCGUGGGUGCCAAGUUCUUUCCUGUAUCGACUGUGGAAAAGAUUUCUGGGGCAAGGACUACAAAAACCAUGUUAAAUGUAUCAGUGAGGACCAGAAGUAUGGCGGAAAAGGUUACGAGGCCAAGGCAAAGAAAGGAGAUGUGAAACAGCAGCAGUGGUUACAGAGAAUCAAUGAAGCCAUGAGCAAACCUGGGGUCAGUGCUAAACUGAGAGAUGUGCUCAAUCAAGUUAGUACUUAUGAAAACGUACCGAGGAAGAAAGCAAAGUUUCAGAACUGGAUGAGAAACAGUUUAAAAAUACCAAACACUGGGCUGCAGGAAGAGGCUUGGGACAUAAUUUCUGCUGCAGACAAUGCUCCACCGGGCACACAGGCGACCAAAGAAUCUACAGACACAGCGACUGAUAUCCAAGUGGACACUAACGGAACUGAGAACCAAGAAGAACAACUAAAUACUGAAGAGAAGGAGAAGAAGCCGAACAAACGGGAACGCAAAGAGGCCCGUCAGCAAAAGAAUGGAAAAGCUACCAAAAGGGAUGAAAAAAGAGCUGCAGAAGGAGAACCAGAGAAAUGCCAGACGGGCAAAAAGAAAAAGGAUAGAAAGAGAAAACGCAAAGAAGAGGAAGACCAGUAUGAGAAUGGUGUUGAUGAAAAGGAUGUCAAGAAAACAAAGUAUGAUGGAGCUGCAGAGGCUGCAGAUGUUCACAUGUCUGAGGAGACUGAAGAUAAAACUGCAUCUCAGGGCAAAUUCAACUGGAAGGGAAACAUCAAGGCAGUGCUGACAGAGUCACCUGACCAGGAGCUGUCAGUGAAAAAAGUCAGAAAGAAGGUUUUGGCAGCCUACUACUCUUUCACUGGUGACAGGAAUUUCAAAACGGAAGAGGAGGUUUUGGCACUUUUCAACAAGAAGAUCACUAAAAAUCCCAAGUUUAGAGUUCUAAAAGACAGAGUAAAACUUGUCAAGUAGAGACUCCUCCUUAAUAGCAUGUUGUUCAUGGAUUUCUCGUUUUAAACAAAAGUUAUUAUUGCUGUUCUCCCUUGUAGCUUUUUAUACAAAUGACCAAUCUCCAGGAUUAAAUGGUUUUAUGCA